AUGGCGUUGGACCGCAAGGCGGACACGGCACUCACAGGCGGGCGGCACGAGGCGCGCGCGCGGUACGACGUGGGGUGUGACGGCACGGGGCACGUGCUCGCACUGCGCGUGCGGGCCGUGCUGAACGGCACAGCAGCGCCAGCACCACCUGCUGGCUCGCUGCUAACUAUGGGCCCGCUCUGGCGCAGUACAGCUGGGGGGCGCUGGAGGUCGACUUCAGGGUGGUCAGGACGGACCUACCAACACGCAGCCCACUACACCGAGCGCGCAGCAGCGGUAGAGGCAUUCAAUGCGGCACACGUGUGGCGCAAGCGGGGCGUGGCCAUGGCGCCCGCGCUCUACCACGUGCCGCUGCUCGCCAAGCCUGCAUGCAUGACAGUGUUUGGUGACGGGUCGGUGGUGGUGGAGGCGGGUGGCGUGGAGAUGGGGCAGGGGCUCUCCACCAAGCUGCGCCAGGCUGCUGCCCUCGGCCUCAACGCCCUCUGCCUGUCAAUGGGCCAUGCGGGCAUGACGGCUGCCAGCUCCACCUCUGAAGCCUGCUGUGCCGCUGUGCUGCUCGCCUGCCACCACCUGCUGCCCGCGUUGCUCACCGCCAAGGCUGCAGCCGAGCAGGCCAAGGCAUGCCGGCGGGUGAAGCGGGAUAGCGGACUUAUUGAAGGGGAGUCAGGAAUAGGAGAAGAUGACGUGGCAGUGGAGGAGGGUGACGUGGCGAGUUGGGAGGAGGUGGCAGCGCAGGCCAAGGCCAUGGAGCUCACGCUCUCGGCGCAGGCGCACUUCACUCCCGACCCCUCUCACGCCUCCUACUUCACCUUUGGUGCCGCCGUCUCUGAGGUGGAGGUGUACGUGCUGACGGGGGCAGUGGCAGUGCUGCGGUGUGACAUCCACUACGACUGUGCUCGUAGCCUCAACCCCGCUGUCGACAUUGGCCAGGUGGAGGGGGCAUUCGUGCAGGGGCAGGGCUUCUUCACCACGGAAGAGGUGCUGGUGGACGAAGCUACCGGGAAGCUGCUCUCAGCUCAACGUCUCCCUCGUGCACGGCACUGGCAACAAGCAAGGCGUGCUCUCCUCCAAAUGUGA